AUGACGAAGCCAAAGAGAAAGACAUCAUCUACGGCACAACAUACGUCAAAUGUAUCUAAUGGACAUAAUGGCAAUGGCAAUGGCAAUGGCAACACGAUGCCUGGCGCGAUACCAAUGCAAAUGCAAAUGCCAAUGCCACCACCCGAUCACCUACACCAUCAUCAUCAUCAACAUACUCACACACAUCAACAUCAGCAUCAACAACUACAUCAACAACAUCAUCUACAGCAUCAACAACAACAUAGACACAACCAUACUCACAUGUUACCUACCUCAUCAUCCCUAUCAUCAUCAUUAUCACCUAAUGCCACUGCAACAACGACAACAUCACUCAAGAGUGUAGAUCUGAAUAGACAUCGCAGCAAGCUGGCACAGAGCCUAUCGCGAACGAUCCCGCCAUUUGUCAUCUUGCGCGACUCACAGCGCAAGUUGUUGGCAUCGAGCUUUGACAAGCUGUCGACGAUCAAUGAGAAGAUUGAGGCGAGCAUGCCCAUGUGGCAGACGAUAAUCGAUUCGAAACAGUCCAACAUCGACACGUACAUUCAAUCGACCACCAGCACCAUCUUGCAGGCGACCAUACUUCAGAACCUUGCCGAUGCAGCUCAGAUACCACCGAUCGAGCCCACAUCCAAAGCGUUCAAGAACAAGGGCAACGAGCUGUUUCAGAAGAAGCAGUACUUGGACGCACUGCUAUUGUACAACGAGGCACUGCGACUGUACAACUCAGAGACGUCCAAGGAUCAGCAGAUACUCAGCACCAUAUACUCCAACCGAUGUCUGUGUCUAGUGCAUCUGGAGAAGUUUGAGGAGGGCGCCAGCGAGGCUACGCGCGGCCUUGAAUGUCGCUCUGCCGAGUACCUCACCCACAAACUACUGUAUCGACGUGGUAUCUGUUACUUCAGUCUCAAGAAGCACGCUCGCGCCAAGAAGGACUUCCAAGAGGCGCACCGCCUCGUAUCGAUGAUGUCUGAUCCCUCGGACAUCCAAUCGAUCGAGGGCUACCUCGAGAAGAUCAACAAGAUGAAGACACUGGACUCUGGCGACUCUGACACAGCCGACAACCAAAGCGCAUUCCCUUCUGAAGUGGACCAGCGUAUCACCUUCAAAUACAGUUCGGACAAUGUUGGUCGAAUGGCUGAGGCAUCCGAGAACAUUGCCGCCAACACCGUCCUAUUCCAAGAGAAGGCCUAUGUAUCAUGUCUCGAGCGAUCAUCACAUUCAUCACAUUGCCACAACUGUUUCAAAGAGAUAUUCGCGCCAAUCUAUUGUAAGAAAUGUAAUCAUACUCAGUACUGCAGCGAUACAUGUCUGAAGGAUGACUUUGACAACUUCCACGAGAGAGAAUGUUGUCGUGGAUUCUUGUUGCUGUGUCCAUCGGAGAGUCUGAUAGUCAUUCGCAUCCUUGCAAAGAAGGCCAAGGAACAAGCAAGAUUCGAGAAGCCAGACCUCCAUUACAUACCAACACACGAUGGCUUCAAGUUCCCUCAACAAUCAAAGACAUCCAAGGCGGCCAAGCAGCUCAGUCCACCAUCGGCAGCCGAUCUGAAUAGCGAGUUGCUGGACAACAUACACAUCGAAGAGUCCGAGUCACAGGACGGCGAGCCACUACUGUACAAGUCCAACAUCUACCAUCCAACAUACAACCUGAUCUACUCUUUCAAUCCACACUACACACAUCAUCCCAACAGCAAGCUGGCCAGCAUCAUCUUUGAAGCAUUCAUUCUGGAGCGAUUCCUACAAGUGCAUCACAAGAGUCUGGGUGUAAUCAAGGACGAUAUCAGCAUGGCCACGCUCGUACAUCAUCUUUGCCAACUAUCGACAUACAUCUUCUCCAUUCCCGUGUACGUUGCACAGGAUGACAUCUGCCAGCAUGGACUUCAACGCUUCAUCCCAGUCAAGAUAGCAUAUGCCAUCUUCCCAAUGGCCAGUUUACUCAAUCAUUCAUGUGACAACAACACUCUGUUGCAAUACAAUGGAACAUCAUUAUACAUUAAGUCACUUAAGGAUAUUGAGAAGAAAGAGGAAGUUACUUUGUGCUAUGGACCUCACUCAUUCCAUUUGGACCUCCAGCAUCGACUGGAGUCCCUCAGGGAUGAAUACUACUUCACAUGUAGAUGUAAAGCGUGCAAUGAGAAAUCUGGACCCAAUCCACUAAAGUGUCCAGUUAUGGGUACAAACUGUCCAGGUGUAUUGUUGGAGACAGUUAACAUGACAAAGCAGCCUGAUGAUGAUGACGAUGAGGAGGAUGUUACAUACGAGGUGUACGAUGGCAGAACAUUCACUUGCAACAAAUGUGGCUUUGAAUUGGAGCCAGAUGAUCUCUUUUUCCUCACAUCAACCUCUCUAAUGUCGAUCACAAUGUUCAACAAUGCCGCAAGGAUACUCAACAGCGGACAGUCCAACAAAGAGGUUGAGGACUUGUUGUUACGCGCACUGGAAAUUCGAAAGAAUAUCUACAUGGAGAACAGUAAGAAGAUAGGCGAGAUCUACGACACUCUGGCGCGUUUCUAUAUCACCGAGGACAACUACAAAGAGGCGGUCAAGUAUGCUGAGAAGUCAGUCAACAACAUAUAUGUCAGACUGGGACAUUCACACUCGACAGAGUUGGCUCGCGAGUGUGCCAAGCUGGCCAACAUAUACAUUAAUGGAGGCGAGCCAGCCAAGGCCAUCAAAGCAAUCAACACAGCAGAGAUAUUGUUGAUGCGCUGGAAGACUGAGCCUGGCGACGAGGAGAUAUUGAGCCAAUUGCGCAAUCACAAGAAGGUUUUGGAGGCAUCCAAGGUCAUUCCCGGUACAAACAAGGUUGAGAUCAAUCUCACACAGCUCUGGUCACAGCCAGACUUUGACUCGGACACCUUCCUCCAUCGCAUGAUCCUGUAUCAUGGCUCACAUGGUCAGGCUCCAAACAAGUGA